ACGGCGGUAGAGCCUGCGGUGGAGAGGCGGCUCGAGGAUAGCCCUGAGUUCUCUGGCGACGAGAUCGGCGACUUUGGGUCGGGCGAGGGGGACGAGGCUGGUGACAUUGGCUCCGGGGACGGCGACGACUCGGGCGACGGCGACUUUGGCUCGGGCGAGGGCGACGAGGCGGGCUCUGGGGAGGAGUCGGGCUCUGGGGAGGAGGACUCUGGCUCGGGCGGCGCCGACGAGGGCGGCUCCGGGGACGGCGAUGGCGAGCACGGCUCGGGCGGCGAGGAGGACGAGUCGUACGCGGUCGGAUUCUCCUUCAAAACGGCUGAUGAGUGUAGCGCCGCCUUCACUGCAACAGUGUGCGCCUCCGUCAGCAGCCUCUCUGGCCUCCUCCCGAGCCAGUGCGACGUCUCCUGCGGCGGCGACGGCCGACGCCGCCUCCGCCGUCUCGAGGAGCACGCCGUCUUGGUCACCUUGCAAGCCGGCGACGAGUCGUCGGCGACCUCGCUCGCAGCGGCCCUCACCAACGCUCUGGGCGAGACGGCGGCGGAAGCGGCCGCCUUCCUCGGCGUGUCUGCUGAGACGGGUGGCCUACCCUCCGUCUCACACCCAGACGCGUGGGACGGCAGCGGGGAGAAAACGCUCCGCCUCUCGCCCGGCGUGUACAACUUUCCGGCGGCAAAGCAGAAAAAGAUUGUUUUUAUGUAUACGAUUCGGAUUCAGCUGGCCUGA